CAGGUCCGCUACCCGGACCGCAUCACGCUGAUCCGCGGCAACCACGAGAGCCGUCAGAUCACGCAGGUCUACGGCUUCUACGACGAGUGCCUGCGCAAAUACGGCUCCGUCACCGUGUGGCGCUACUGCACCGAGAUCUUCGACUACCUCAGCCUCUCCGCCAUCAUCGACGGCAAGAUCUUCUGCGUGCACGGCGGCCUCUCGCCCUCCAUCCAAACCCUGGACCAGAUCCGCACCAUCGACCGCAAGCAGGAGGUGCCGCACGACGGCCCCAUGUGUGACCUGCUCUGGUCCGACCCCGAAGACACCACCGGCUGGGGCGUCUCCCCGCGCGGCGCCGGUUACCUGUUUGGCAGCGAUGUGGUGGCGCAGUUUAACGCCUCCAACGACAUCGACAUGAUCUGCAGGGCGCACCAGCUGGUCAUGGAGGGCUACAAGUGGCACUUCAGCGAGACCGUGCUCACCGUGUGGUCCGCGCCCAACUACUGCUACCGGUGCGGGAACGUGGCGGCCAUCUUGGAGCUGGACGAGCACCUGCAGAAGGAGUUCAUCAUCUUCGAGGCGGCGCCGCAGGAGACGCGUGGGAUCCCCUCCAAGAAGCCGGUGGCCGAUUACUUCCUGUGACACGCGUGUGCUUGCCGUGUGCUUGGCGUGUGCUCGCGCCGGGCCCGGCUGGGAGCUGGCGGGGUGGUGGGGUGACGCCGGGGGGGGUCCUGAAAGGGUCCCCGGUGGGUCAUUGGCGUGUCAUUCACAUGUCGUUCACGUGUCGCUAGCGUGUCCUUGGCGUGUUCCUCACGUGUCGCUGAUGUGGCCUUGGCGUGUUCCUGACGCGUUACUGUGGGCUCCCUGAAGUGACCCCAUGGGUCCCCAAAGGGUCACUGGUGUGUCACUGACAUGUCACUAACAUGUCGCUAGCGUGUCCUUGACGUGUUCCUGACGUGUCACUGAUAUGGCCUUGACAUGUCACUAACAUGUCCUUGGCGUGUCACUAACAUGUCCUUAAUGUGUCCUUAACGUGUCCUUGUCAUGUCAGUAACAUGUCCUUGACGUGUUCCUAACGUGUCCUUGACGUGUCACUCACAUGUCCCUAACGUGUCCCUGCCGUGUCCUUGUUGUGUCACUCACAUGUCCUUCACAUGACCCACAAGGACACCCCAUGACCUGGAGGGACCCCAUGACCUCUUGGGGUCGCCCCGUGACCUUUGACCUUGGGAGACACCGCCACCCCCCUGCCCCCUCCCCCCCCCCCCCCCUUUGCGCGGUUUUGGGUCUUUUUGGGGGGGCAGAAGGGCGAAUUUUGGGGUUCCUUCGCUGUAUUUCCUCGUUUUUUUGUUACUUUCGGGUUCGGCCGAUUUCGCUCCUUUUAGAUAAAAAAACCAACAUGUGAAAAAGGAA